CGCAGCAGUCGGUGCACUGAGUGGAAGAAUAAGUCUGCAUGCAGCAUUGCCUACUCACCCAAGUGGAAGGAUAGAGCGCCGUGCAAUGGAGAGAGUCACCCGCGGUGCACAGUGUGCGAUGCCCUAAGGGGAAUGAAGAGUUGGACCACUAGAUUUAAUGAAGGCUUGAGAUUCUUUUGCACCAUGGCAAGGAUUUGCACACGCGCAAAGGCGCACUUUGCUAAGAUGUCAUAGCGCUCAAGAUCAUGGAACUUCUCCAGGAACCGAACUCACUCACAACGUGAAUGAAAAGAGGAAGGGAAUUUGCACUCCGCGCGGUUGUUUCGAUCUUUUACCUGGGCGGCUGUGAGCAGAGUGUGAACUAUGAAUCUGGCCAAAGCGCUUCUGUUGCUCCUGCUCUCCUGUUGCGUGACAAUGGUGCUGUCGCUCUCCACUUGCACCACCGUGGACAUUGACCAUAUCAAGAAGAAGAGAGUGGAAGCGGUACGGGGACAGAUCCUCAGUAAACUCCGAUUGACCAGUCCGCCCCAGACGACGGGUCCAAGCCAGGUACCGUUCCAGGUGCUGGCCCUCUACAACAGCACCAGGGAACUCAUUGAGGAGCUGGGAAGAGACCGGCAGCAGAGCUGUGGGCAGGAUAACACGGAGACCGAGUACUACGCGAAAGAGAUUUACAAGUUCAACAUGAUCAAUGGACCGCCUGAAAACAAUGACCUACCCUACUGCCCAAAGGGAAUCACCUCUAAGGUGUUCCGCUUCAACGUCUCUACAAUGGAGAAGAACUCCACCAACUUGUUCCGGGCUGAGUUUCGGGCCCUGCGGAUCCCCAACGCCAGCGCCAAGAAAAACGAGCAGCGGAUCGAGCUCUACCAGAUCCUCCAGAAAGACGACCCCAAAGCCAAGCAGCGUUACAUCGGGGGCAAGAACGUUCUGACCAAGGGGAUGCCCGAAUGGGUCUCUUUUGAUGUUACGGAGACAGUGAGGGAGUGGCUCAUGUACAGACAAACUAAUCUUGGCCUGGAGAUCAGCGUCCACUGUCCAUGUCACACCUUCAAGCCCAACGGGGACAUUAUUGAGAACGCCAACGAGGUGCUUGAGGUCAAGUUUAAAGGUACGGAGCCAGAUUUUGACGACCUGAGCCGGACUAAGAAACAAAGGGAGCAGCUGUACCCCCAUCUCAUCCUCAUGAUGCUGCCCCCACAUAGGCUGGAUGCACACUCCUCAUCCCGCAGGCGCAAGAGGGCACUUGACACCAAUUACUGCUUCAACAAUUACGAGGAGAACUGCUGUGUGCGACCACUUUAUAUUAAUUUCCGCCAGGACUUGGGUUGGAGGUGGAUUCAUCAGCCUGAGGGUUACUACGCCAAUUUCUGCUCUGGUCCUUGUCCUUACUUACGCAGCGCUGACACCACACAUAGCACGCUGCUGAGCCUCUACAACACCCUGAACCCGGAGGCGUCGGCCUCACCCUGCUGUGUACCCCAGGACCUGGAGCCCCUCACCAUCCUCUACUACGUGGGCCGCUCACCUAAAGUGGAGCAGCUGUCCAACAUGGUGGUCAAGUCGUGCAAGUGCAGCUAAGAGGCGUCAGGGACCUCAGAGACACCUUCCUGCACUACUCAGGAGCGGUCCAGAGGGAUUUGGGGAGCCUCCGUUGCCCCACUACUUCAGUCUUGUCCUAGCUCCAUUUCACUAUUGAAAGGCCUGCAGACAUUGGUAGCAUUUGGCCCAGUUUGACUGACGUGGGUGCACUCUCAAACCCAACAGACCUCUUGAUGACCACCACCUUUGUUUUUGUUUUUUUUAAACCAACUUUCUUAUGUUUUUACUUCAUAUUCCAGCAUUUUUGAACAGCUCGUACCUCAGCGUAUUCUCAUCCUGUUUUUAUCUAAAGAGGAAUGGAACAAAAAUUGUCUUGGAAUGACCACUGCAUUCUUAAGGACAAGAGAGGAUGGAAAAAAAAAACAAAAAAAAAACUGCCGGAGAAGAGAGACUGAACUCAGCAUGACAGGACACAUAGGACACGUUUGGAUGUCCGAGCUGGAAAGCAAUGCUGUGCUACACUGUGUAUUUAGGAUUAAAUGCCGUUAAAUAAAAAAUGAUUUUAGGAAAAAAUGUUAAAAAUGCUGGAAACCAAUCUAGUUAAAGUCGUAUUUCAACGGUGAUGUUAUUACCUCUGCAUUGCAACGGGAUGGUGAUUCUAGGGAUUAUUUCAAAUGGAAGUGAAGCCCUUCUUUUAUAUGAGAGCCAGUCAUACUUAAUCGACUGCAGGGGGGGAGGGGUGGGGGGUGACGUGACCAAUUCAUCAAUUAUUAGUAUUGGAAUGGCAGAAUCUUUGCCUGUAUGCUCUGAAUUCAAUCUUUAAUAUCAGUGUUGUAUGGCGGAGGUCUGCAUGGAUGUCAACAAUAACUUGCAUCAUAUUUUUUCUGAAGUCAUGAUUGAAUCAACAGCGUUUGCUUUGAGGCAAACAAUCAAUCAAAUUCCUAACGACUUAUUAAUAUGCCGCUCCCUAAUGAUGACAUUGAUGUCACUAAGUGAACGAUUUUCAAAAGAUCCCAAACUGUAAAUUAUGUUGUGCUUACUAUUGGAAACACCCUUUUUUUCUUUGAUGAUUAAAAUGACAGUUGGGUUGAGCUGUUUAGUAUUAGGAA